AUGAAAAACAAACUUCGGAUGAGGCGGAGGCCUUCAAUGCCUUCCAGUCUUCUGCCAAAAUGCGUGUUCAGUCAAGGUGCAAUUGCACAUGGACUCGUCCCCCGCCCAAAGAAGCCAGAAGGAUAUAAUUGCGAUCUGAAAUCCUCCAAGCUCUCCUGGCUGUCCACCAUGACCCAAGACUCCUCAGACCUUUCUAUCACUGGGCGGUGCUAUUCAAGGAGGGGUCUGCAAAGUUUUGCAUCAGUUCAAUUCAGUGCUAGUCUUGGUGAAAGCUUGAAACUGGAACAAUUGGUUGAGGAGAGAAAUGAAACUUCUAACACAGAAGGAAACCAGAACAGCCAGCAAAAUGACUAUAUGAAAUGGCUCGAGGGCAAUGGUUUGUCCCCAGCAGCCAAUCAUUAG